AAAUCAAUACACGAAAACCUUGUAACAAACCACAACAAUAGAAAUACGCGUUGAGUUACACUGGCGUUGAAAGCAACACCCCGGGUGAAGGUCAUGCCAUACUACACUCGGUUUGAGCAGAAUUUCACACACACCUAGUGUAGCCUGGCACAGAAUCAGAUACAGUUUCAGGGGCUGGCCAGUGAGGUGUCUCCAGGUAUACACAUCACGUAACGGAUCACACUUUAUAAACUCAGGGCCACGUGUCCAUUAAGGACUUUCUCCUACACAUGUCAGUCUAAAGAAUUACUUGGCAAAGCGGUAGGCCAAUGUCUUCUGCAAUAAGUCUUGUGGGGGGUAGACUCUUUCCUCUUCUCGAUACCAAAUAUCGAAUUCCGAAGAAAAGCAGGGAAUCUAACGUGAAUGAAGGGAAAAAUAAGCUCGAGAAAAAACUACCCAGAACUCCUAGGGACAAUGGCAAGAAGUCUAUGACAUUUAUUAAGGUAUCUCCUGACUAUUUACACAGUAAUUCCACCAGUCAUACCUGGGCAUUCUCCGCUGUGGCAGAACUCAUUGACAAUGCAUAUGAUCCUGAUGUUAAUGCAUCAGAGUUAUGGAUUGACAAACGAGAUAUCAAUGGGAAAACCUGCUUGACUUUCACAGACAAUGGGAAUGGCUUGGUGCCAGAAAAACUUCACAAAAUGCUCAGCUUUGGAUAUUGUGAGAAAGUUGCCGUUGGUAAUCAUCAGCCAAUUGGUCACUAUGGUAACGGAUUCAAGUCAGGCAGCAUGCGUUUGGGGAAAGAUGCCAUUGUAUUCAGCCGCAGAAUGGACGUGAUGAGUGUAGGCCUUCUGUCACAGACUUAUCUUAAAUCCAUCAAAGCAGAGACAGUGUUAGUGCCGAUCGUCUCCUGGGACCUCCCCAACAAAACUCGACGGACGACAGUGGAGGGCAAACACAAUCUGUCUGCCAUCUGUAACAACUCCAUCUUCAAGGAUGAGAAGGAACUGUUGAGUGAACUCGACUCACUGGAAAAACUUAGAACAGGGACCAGAAUCAUCAUUUACAACCUCACAAAAAACAACAACUCGGGGAACCUUGAGCUGGACUUCCUGAGUGAUCCUCUGGACAUCAGAAACCCAGAGUCCCACUUGAUCGAUUACUCAACAAUAAACAGGACAGUCCAUGAAAAAAGUCCAGAGUAUAAAGUCUCACUAAGGGAGUAUUGUAGUAUUUUGUACCUGAAGCCCAGAAUGAAGAUUGUUGUUCGUGGGAAAAAGGUGAAAACAAAGAUAAUCAGUAAGAGCUUAUCAGAGACUGAGACGGACGUCUACAAACCAACCUGGCUUGAUAAACCAGUAGGAAUAAAGUUUGGAUUCACGUCCAGUAAGAACCCAGAAGACUAUGGCUUGAUGUUAUAUCACAAGAAUCGGCUGAUUCGGGCGUAUGACAAAGUUGGAUACCAGAGACAGGCAAAUGAGCUGGGUGUGGGUAUAGUAGGAGUAGCAGAGGCCACCUUUUUGACCCCGACCCACAACAAGCAAGACUUCAGCCGGGACGAGAAAUACAAUGCUUUUAUGACAAAUGUUGGAUUGAAACUGAAUGAUUACUGGAAUGAAAAGCGAGUGGGACCCAACACAACAGCUGCAGGGUCCAGCACACACAAAGUGCUAGCCCCUGAUUGGUUGUGGGCUCAGUGUGAUAACUGUCUGCAAUGGAGGAGACUACCUGCUGGAUUCAAACAAGAUGAUCUUCCAGAAAAGUGGUUCUGUCACAUGAAUCCUGAUGCAGCUUUCAAUCGCUGUGAAGUCGCUGAGGAGCCAGAAGAUGAGGAUGAAGCGUUGAUGGCACCAACAUACAAAAAGACCUUUAAAAAACAACAGAUUGUACAGAAGCAGAAAAUCAAGUUGCAUGAGAAACAGCAAAUCAAGGAGAAAGAGAUGCUACUAUCAGAAAAAGAGAAACAGCUACAGAAAAAAGAAAUGGAGAUAGACCAGAAGAAAAAGUCAGAGUCCUACAUUCCCAUUGUUGAUAAGCUGAGAAAGCUGGAGGAAAAAGCAGCCAAGCAGGAGAAAAUGAUCGAGGCCCUCCACAAGGAGAGAUCAAGGCAGCAGGCGGCCAGUCGCCAGAUGCUUGACGCAGCUGAAAAAAUAAACAUCAUAAACCAAGGACACAGUGAACUCCUGGAUAAAGUGGCACGAGGAGCUUCCACCAGUUCACCAAACAAAAAAAAUGGCCUAAAGAGGAAGCAUUCGAGUGACAGCAUCUGCAUCAAAACAGAAGAUGGCAGUGUUGUGGAAAUUAUUCCUAACCCUAACCAAGAGAAGGAGAAGAGAGUGGUGGAUCUCACCAUUGACUCAGAUGAGGAGCAAGAAAGCGAGGACCCAUCCUCCUCCAAAAAAUUGAAAGAGGACAGUUCCAAAUCUAACUCCAAACCUGACCCAGGCAGAAGCAACUCAAGUGAUGCCUCCACUAGUAAGACAGAGGAUAAAAAACCAAAUCUUGAUAAAUUAAAGGAGCAUAUUAACAAACCUGACCCAGGCAGAAGCAACUCGAGUGAUGCCUCCACUAGUAAGACAGAGGAUAAAAAACCAAAUCUUGAUAAAUUAAAGGAGCAUAUUAACAAAACUAGGACAUACAAAGAGCAGGGUGUUCAGACUGAGGGGCGUUCAGAGAGCCAGGAAGAAAUGGGGGUCAGGGAGAGACUUGAAAGCUUCCAGAGGAAUGUCCAUGAACUCCUGCGUAGAAUAGACCCCAGCAAAGACUGGGGAGGGCCCGAGAACAUAGAGUCUAUCAUAGUGCAGAUGAUGAAACACAUAGAUCCGGAGGAUGAAGAUGCGGACGCAGACUGAUGUGUGAGGGGGGAGGGUAAAUCGCAAUUCACUCUGUCCUAUAGGUUAAACAGAUGCAGGGGGAGUUGGAUAGUGAAUCAUGUCGAUUUAAGGAUAACACAAAAGCUUGGGGGAGGGAGCAGGGGGUAUUUUAUGAAAUAUGAUGAAACACAAAGAGAACAGAGAAGGGAUGAAACAGAAGUGGGGGUAUACAGAGUUCUGGAAUUGUUGGGUGAGAUUCUGUGUGAACGUAAAAACCUGAGUUAUGUUCCAAUAGUGAUAACUUGCUUAUACAAUGUGUACCGGUAUAUUUUAUUCAGGCAGAAGAGACGUGUAUAGUAAAGACCAUCACACAUGGGACAUGUAUAACAUGUACAUAAAGUAUACUUUUUUUGUUUUUUGAUACUGGUAUUCUCAUUCCAUUGUUGUUUGUAGUUUUUGGAUGUUUUAAUUAUAAAUGUGACAUUACUUUGUUUAUGGGUAUUUUAAUGUACAGUUCUGUUUUAACUUGAAUCGUGAAUCUAAGACUUGAAUGUAUGAUUUUUAGGUUGUGACCACUUAUAAAUUACUUGGUAAUCUUCUUUGUCAAUGGAUUAGCUACAAUUUACAUUAUUUUUAUUUUCUUUGAUUUCACCUAGCUUAAGGUGGAAUGUCCCUCUGAUAACAGAGAUAACUUCUGUUGAAAAUAUUCUCACUUUGAUUCUGUUUACUCACAAUGAUUAAGGCAUGUAGCAAUAAAGGAGGUGGUCCUGUGUCCCAUUUUAUGCUGGAAGGUGACAUUCAUUUAAUUUAGAUAUAGGAAGAGGAAAUUUUGAACGGAACAAACCGAACCCCAAUUUAACUUUAAGCAGGGGGCAAACAUUUUUUUACAAGAAACUAAUCAUAUUGAACAACUUUUUAUAAGGUAAUAUCUAUACCCCACCCCCUUCUCCCCUCAACAAUGGAUCAUUUUUCAAAUAUAACAAAUUAUAUGUUCUAUCACAGUACAUGAACUUUUUUAGGCCAGAGAAUCUUUAGAUGGAAAUAUUUUAUUUUUCUCUUAAUAGCUCGUUCACAAAGGUACUGGUACUGUUACUAGUAUUACUUGUACUGUUACUAGUAUUACUUGUUCUAUUACUAGUAUAAGUACAAUUACAAGUAUUUCUGGUAUCGUUACUAGUAUUAUUGGUUCUAUUACUGGUACUAUUACUAGUAUUACUGAUAUUGUUACUAAUAUAUCUUGUAAUAUUACUAGUACUACUUGUACUAUAACUAGUUUUACUUGUACUAUUACCAGUAUUACUUGUACUAUUUCUAUUAAUGCUGGUACUAUUACUAGUAUUACUGGUACUGUUGCUAGCAUUACUUGUUCUAUUACUAGUAUUACUGGUACAAGUAUUUCAGAUAUUGUUACUUAUAUUACUGGUACUAUUACUAGUUUUACUGGUAUUGUUACUAGUAUUACUUGUAAUAUUACUAGUAUUGCUGGUACUAUUGCUAGUAUUACAUGUACUUGUACUAUUACAUAGUAUUACUGGUACUAUUACUAGUAUUACUUGUACUAUUUCUAGAUAUACUGGUACUUUUACUAGUGUUAUGAGUUUUCUCUUCUUUUCAAGAUUUCUCCACCAAUUGUGUUGAUUUUUCAUCAUCAUCAUAAUUCAAUUGUAGCUUUUCAUACUCGGGGAAGGACUGUUGACUUGGUCAGUUACUAUAAAUGAAAGAAUUUUCAGCUAUCCACUUUUUUAUGUAAGGCUAUAAAUAUUAGUUCUCAUUGAAUCAUGUCACCUAUAUUGUACUGUUACUUGCAAUAUACAUAAUCACUUUGUGUUCAAACUUUGAAAUAGCCCAUCGCUGUAUAACCGAAUUACAUAAAAACAAUUAUAAAACAAGUAAAGGUGUAUAUUUUUAAAGAUGGUUUGUUAUAUAAAGAAAAAAGUAAUGGGUUUUGCCAUGAAAUAUCUAUUUUAUGAAAUAAUUUGAAGAGGGUAAAAAAAUGUGAUAGAAAUAAGGGCUUCACAAGCCAUUAUCACAUCAUCAACCCCAUCCCAAAUAUCACUUAAAUUAUCAUAGUUAUAUUUUAAGACAACUAUUAUGUAUUUUAUUUUAUCCUUCAUUACAGCUGAAAAGAAACCAGCAAAACAAGAUAAAUGAACAAAGUCUAGUGUAUUUCUGCAAUUGAAUCCAUGAUGCCAUUGCAUAAACAAUAAAAUUUUAAGAAAUUGUCACAUUGCCUUUGAACAUCAUUAAUUGGGGCUUUUAGCAAAUACGAUGUGGAUUUUUUUUUUAUAAGAUAAGGCCUAUAUGCAAGGGACAGUUGCGAAUGAAAUAAAAGUAGUUUGGGGGGGGGGGGGGGUCCAAUUUGUUGGUGUGCAGUAAGGAUAAGCAAUAAAUGGUUCUGUUAUAUGUAAUUAUAGAGCCUUCUGUAUGUUCUUGUUUUGAAUUCAUAUCUUCGUAGAAAAACACAAAAUAUAGAGGAGCUAGACGUUUUGGCAUUUAGACCUGCUUAGAAUCCGGGAGCUGUCGUUAGGUUGUAGAAUGUAGGAGCUGGUUCCCAUUCCAAGAAAAUAUGUCAUGAGGUUGGGAAAACAUUUUACUUUAUUGAACCUUUUAGUUUUGUUUUUGUAACUGGCAAGUCAAACAGCCCCUUGUAGAAGGUGUAAAAAUAUGCUGAACAUAUAUAGAGAAGAGGCCAAUAAAUGAGUACAUUUUUUAAAAGUGAAACCCAAAAUGAUUAAAUUCUUAAAAAUAUGUAUGUAAUAUAUUUAAAUUGGUCAGAUAUAGUUUAUGGUUGGUUAAGAAAAAUAGUAAUACCAGUUUUUAUGGCCGUGAAUUUUAAUUCAUUAAGGAUGUUAAUUAGUAAGGGGUACCUUUGAGAUUGAUCUAUGAAAAAUAUAUGAGCCACCACUUGAUGUUCUUAGUUCCACAGUGUACUGCCAGUAUGCUCUCAUGAAUAUUGUAUACAGGUCAUGUACAUAAACUUGGUUGUACUGACCAUGUAUUGUCAGACAUACCUGUAUGUCACAAUGGCUCUAAUGCCCAUGCGUUAUCGUUAAUGUCCGUAUAAAUUAUAUAUAGUUCUGUUGCCCAUGUAUUGUCAGAAAUAUGUCCCAUGUAUUGUCAGACAUACAUGUAUGUAUGGCUCUAUUUAAUGCCCAUACGCCCUCAUUAAUGUCCGUAUUUAUAAUUAUAUAGUUAUAUUCCCAAUGUAUUGUCAGAAAUACCUGUUUGUAUGGCUCUAAUGCUUAUACGUCCUCAUUAAUGCCUGUAUGAAUUAUAUAGUUCUGUUGUGCAAAUAUAGUUACAUAUACCCGUUUGUUUAGUUCUAAUGCCCAUAUGUUCUCAAUUUUGUCUAUGUAUAUAGUUCUAUUUACCUAUAUGUUCUCAUUAAUGCACAUAUAGCUAUAACAAUUUCACAUUUGCUUGCAAUAAUGCCUGCAUUUAUGGUUAUAUUGUCAUCAUGAUGAUACAUUCUCCAUAAUACCGGGUAUAUACAUGGAGUUAAACUAGCAAUGUUUGUACAUGAAUAUAAAUUAACCUGAUUUUGAACAGGAAGAUGGUCCUUUUUGUAAGGAUACAAAUGUAUUAAUAUUCUUUGUAUGCAAGAAAAAAACAACUAUAAUUGUUUAUUCUAUAUAGUUUACAUGUCUUGCCACACAAAAAAAAACAAUCUUGUUUUAUAUAUUGACUUAGAGCAGUCGAUAUUUGCCAACCCCUUUUGAUAAAUUUAAACUGAUGUUUAAUGCAAAAACUGUUCCCUAACAGAAGUAUGAUUUAGUUGUUUUUUAUUAAUAAACAAAAAUAAAAUGUUGCUUUUACCUCUGAUGUUGGCAGUGAUAUUUGAAUUGGAUUUCCAGUCCCUCUUUCAUUACUCCAUUGUAUAUAUAUAUAUAUAAUAUUAUAUAUAUAUAUUAAAAGGAGGACUUCCACAAUUAAUAGUAUGGAUAUGUUUUAAUCUGAUAAUAUCUUAGUCAAGUUUUACAGAGUUCAAUCAAUUUUUUUAACUUUCCUAACUUCUGAUACAUCAUCGAAAGUUAUGAUUGGGUCUUGUAUGCAUGUGUAUUUCUUUAUUUGUUAACUUUUCAUUAUUUGUACUACACUGAAUACCAUAAAUAUAUUGUGUACAUAAUUAU